GUGUGUGUGUGUGUGUGAGAAAGAGAGAGAGAGAGAGAUGGAGCAGGGUGGAGAGGUGGAAGUGAUUAUUCCCGGUGAAGAGGAGAGGAAUGUACCGCACUGUCCACAUGGCCCGACAGUGUUGUUUCAGGUCAUGUGCAGUGAAGAGAAGAGCAGAAAGAGGUUUUACGCCUGCUCUGCAUGUCGAGACAGAAAAGACUGCAGCUUCUUUCAGUGGGAGAACGAAAAGGUUUCAGAGGAACGUUUGCGUGCGAGAGAGGAGCAGAACCGGUUAAAGAGACCCGCAUUCAGUCAUUCAGAAUACUGCACGAGGUUCAGAGAGUUUGUCUCCCUGCCGCUGGAUGAGAGAAGGUUCUGUGUGGACUGUCAGCUGCUGCUCCUUCCCGCCGAAUGGAGAGCUCACACCUCGCACCAGGCGCUUUCUGAUGACAUCACAGUAGCACGGCUGAGGAGACCCAGUCUACUGCUACGCGCUUUGGAGAAUAAGAAGAGCAACGCGCAGUACCUGUUCGCCGACCGCAGCUGCCAUUUCCUGCUGGAUGUUCUCUCCGGAUUAGGGUUCCAGAAGGUUCUCUGUAUAGGAACGCCCCGAUUACAUGAGCUGAUUAAGAUCCGGAGCACAGAGGACAAGACAAACACCAUAAAGAGUUUAUUACUGGAUAUUGAUUUCAGAUAUUCCCAGUUCUACACACAGCAGGAGUUCUGCCACUAUAACAUGUUUAAUCAUCACUUCUUCGAUGGAAAGGAAGCAGCCGAUGUCUUUCAGGACUUCCUGACAGAUGAAGAUGGGAAUAAAGUGGUCAUGGUCGCAGAUCCACCCUUCGGAGGUCUGGUGAAGCUUCUAGGCCAUACGUUCUUAAAGAUAUCUGAGACGUGGAGAAGUCACCGCCGAGCUGAGCGCAGCCCGGCCCAGAUGCCCAUGGUCUGGAUAUUCCCGUACUUUUUCGAGCCGAGGAUUCUGGAAUGUUUUCCCGCAUUCACCAUGUUGGAUUAUCAGGUGGAUUACGAUAACCAUCCUCUGUACAAGCACGGGACGACGGGCCGUAAACAAUCCCCGGUCCGACUGUUCACUAACCUCUGUCCCAAAGACAUCAUCCUGCCAAAGGACGAAGGCUACAGAUUUUGCGGCGUCUGUGAGAGAUACGUCUCGGCAGAGAACCGACACUGCGCCGACUGCAACGCCUGCACAUCCAAGAAUGGAAGACCAUGGAGGCAUUGUGCUGAAUGUGAAAAGUGUGUGAAGCCCUCGUGGCGUCACUGUUCCUCCUGUGGACGCUGCGUACUUCCAGAUCAUCGCUGCGGACAAACAGGCUGUUACAACUGCGGCGAUCCUACACACAAACACAAAGCCUGUCCUCUCAAACACAAGAAAAAAGGACAGAGUGCUAAAGGAGCGUCCAAACAGAACAGCAACAAGCACACAGCAAUGAAAAGGAAAAACAAACAAGCACACAAGAAGAAGAAAAAUGCCAGAUGAGAACUCGCUGCACAGACUGCAUGGCGAUGGAGCCUGCAUCCUGAACAGGGUGGAGUCAUAACAAUUUUAGAAUCAGUGACUGAAAAAUUAAGUAUCUCUUUAUAAUAACAGAGUGAAAUGUAUUAAAUAUUUUGGCUAUUUGAAAAUAAACAAAUAUACUUUUA